GUGUUUAUUCGAUAAAACGUGUGUUUGGAAUUUUUUUUUUUCAAUUUAAAUUUGAAUUUGAAAAAGCACAUUUUUCUUCGAUAUUGUUUACUCCAAUAUUAUUUUAAUUUUAUUUUUCUACAUUUUUACUUUACCUUUUGUAUUCUAUACCUUCAAUACAAUUAAUUUUUACUUUUACACACCAUCCUAUUUACAAACACUUUCGGUGUUUUUUUUUUUUGCGAAGAACAGCAUUUAUUAAAUUAUCAUCUUUAAACUAUAAAUAAUUUAAGAUUGAUCUUCGUUUAACACAAAAUAUAUUACAAGAAAAAAAAAAUAGGAUGAAUUAUUCAAAAUGCAUUCAAAAAGAAUCAAAUUAACCAAAGAAUUUUGCUGAUUUUUUAGCAUCAACAAAAUUAAAAGAGAAAAUAACGAAAAUAGUUUUUUUUUUCGUCAAUUAAAAACGCUUUGUUUUAUUAAAAAGGUUAUCUUUUAAGCAGAAAAUAUUAUAAGAAAUUUAAAGGAAAAUCAAAAUUUUUAAAAAAGACGACGUUCUUUCAAACUACAAUAGACUUUGGCACAUAAUAUAUACAACAUUUAUAUAUAUAUAAAAAUAAUUAUAUAUCACAAACGUAAUUGCAAUAACUCAAAAGGAACUUUUAAUUUAAUAAUUUAAUUGAAAAAUUUUCAUUUUUUUUUUUUUUAAAUAUUCAAAUAAUUUAUUAAUUAAGUUAAAAAUAUAUUAAAUAAUCCAAAAUGACUGUUACAAAAGAUCAUUUCGAUAGUACUAGUACAAAUGAUGAUGAAUAUGGGAAACCAAAACAAUGGUGGGGAACGAGACAUUUUGUCACAUUUAUGCUCUUUUUGGGUAUGGCAAAUGCAUAUGUAAUGAGAACAAAUAUGUCUGUUGCAAUUGUAGCUAUGGUAAAUCAUACUGCAAUUGGUGGUAAUACUGAAGAAGAAUAUGAUGAUGAAUGUCCCAAUUAUGAAAAUGAAACACAUGAUAGUACACAACAUGAUGGUGAAUUUGUAUGGGGGACAGCAUUACAAGGUUAUAUUUUAUCAUCAUUCUUCUAUGGUUAUGUUAUAACGCAGAUUCCAUUUGGAUUCUUAGCUAAAAAAUAUGGUGCAUUAAAUUUUUUGGGUUGGGGUAUGAUGAUAAAUUCUGUAUUUGCAUUCCUUGUACCAGUUGCAGCUUUUGAAGGUGGUGUUGUACCAUUAUGUAUUGUUAGAUUUAUACAAGGACUUGGUGAAGGUCCGAUAGCACCAUGUACACACGCCUUACUAGCUAAAUGGAUACCACCAAAUGAACGUUCACGUAUGGGUGCUGCUGUAUAUGCUGGAGCACAAUUUGGAACUGUGAUAUCAAUGCCAUUAUCUGGUAUACUAGCUUCAGCAUAUGGUUGGCCAUCAAUAUUUUAUGUUUUUGGUGUACUUAGUACUGUAUGGUCAAUAUUAUUUAUAUGGUUGGUAUAUGAGGAUCCAUCAAAACAUCCAAGUAUGAAUGAACAAGAAAGAAAAUAUAUUAAUCAUUCAUUAUGGGGUAAAAAAGAAAUAUCGUCACCACCAGUACCAGCUAAAGCUAUUAUGAGAUCAAUGCCAUUUUUUGCUAUUUUAAUAGCACAUAUGGGUCAUAAUUAUGGUUAUGAAACAUUAAUGACUGAAUUACCAACAUAUAUGAAACAAGUAUUAAGAUAUUCAAUUAAAGAAAAUGGUAUAUUAUCAGCUUUACCAUAUGUUGCAAUGUGGAUAUUCUCAAUGUUUAUAUCAAUUAUUGCUGAUUGGUUAAUUUCAUCUAAACGGCUUACUCAUACAGCAACAAGAAAAUUAAUUAACAGUAUUGGUCAAUAUGGUCCAGGAGUAGCAUUAAUUGCUGCAUCAUACACAGGAUGUGAUAGAGCUUUAACAUUAUCAAUAUUAACAAUUGGUGUUGGUCUUAAUGGUGGUAUUUAUUCUGGUUUUAAAAUUAAUCAUUUAGAUAUAACGCCAAGAUUUGCUGGUAUUUUAAUGUCAAUAACAAAUUGUUCAGCAAAUUUAGCUGGUUUAUUAGCACCAAUUGUUGCCGGAAAUUUAAUUGAAGGAGAUCAUUCAAUGGCACAAUGGCGUAUUGUAUUUUGUAUAGCAGCUGGAAUUUAUUUUAUAGCAGCAACAUUCUUUGUUAUAUUUGGAUCUGGUGAAAGACAAUAUUGGGAUCCAAUUGAAAUUGAUGAGAAAAAUAAUGAUAUAAUAUCAAAUACAAAGGAUAAGGAUUCCGUUAAUAUUAAACUUAAGUGACCAUAUAUAGCUAUAUUUAAUUAAAAAAAUAUAUAUUUUAUUUAAUAAUUCAAUGUAUGUGUAUAUAAAUAUUAAGAAUAAAAUUUUUAAGUUUCCUUUAGUAAUUAAAAUAAUAAAAUGAAUAAAGAGAAAAAAAAAUUUUUUUUUUCUUUAAUUAUGUUUAUAUAUAGUAAUUUAUUUAAAAUAUUAUAAUAAAAAUUUUAAAACAAAAAAAAAGAAAAAGAUCAUAAACAACAUAUCAUUUUUGUAAUUUUACAUAGUCUGCUUAUAGUACGCUAGU